UUUCCUGUUCAAAGCAGAAAUGAAACCAAAAGUAUCAACAGCAAAAUGACACCAAAACUAGCUUUCUAUGAUGCUUUGCAGAAAACUACCAUCGAUUUAACAGAUUUAAUUAAGUUGUACAGUUAUUUGUCUUCUUGAUCUCCAUUACUGCCCCCAUUUCAAUAAAUUACAGUUCUUUGUCUUCUUCAUCUCCAUCACCAUCUCUGCCUCUCUCCUCUCUCCUCUCUCCUCUCUCUCUCUCUCAACAGUGAUUAACCAAAAUAAAAGCUUUGAACUUUCUUUUUUACUCUUUCUGCAUAGACCUAUAAACCCAAAAGGAGAGAAGCCACUGCCACCAACAACAACCCAUCUCUCCAAGAAACCAGAAGAUUCCCAUUAUCAAUCAGAACAUGAAAAAGAGCUAAAAAGAUAAAAAGGAAAACACCAACCAUUGCCCCUCACUUUUCUUAUCUUCAACACCACCACCACCACCACCACCAUCCCCACCAUUCCCACCAUAAGAAAUUUCAAGGUACCCAGUUCCUCAAACCCUAAAACUGACCCAAAUCCCACACUUCCCAGUCAAAAUUCACGGAACCAAGACCUGGGUUUUGUCCACAUUUUCCAUAGAAAAUGACCCAGCUCAAGCACCUUGACAACAGUCCUCCAACUCCAGGAAAGUUCAAGAUGGACAAGUCUCCUUACAUUCACAGGCUUCGUUGGCACGGCUCUCUUGCCAAGCUCACAUUUUGGUCUUUUAUCUUCUUGGGCUUGAUCUUGAUCUUCUUCUUCCGGUCACCGUCGUCCAAUUCUCUACCGUCCGAUCCCUCUCGCCGUUCUCUCAGAACCUACAAUUGGGGUGGACCCGCCUGGGAAAAACGUGUCCGGUCCUCGGCCCGAGUUCGGUCCCGCCACGGAAUGUCUGUUCUGGUCACCGGGGCGGCCGGGUUCGUCGGGACCCACGUCUCUGCGGCGCUCAAACGCCGAGGAGACGGUGUGCUUGGUCUGGACUGUUUCAAUGACUACUAUGACCCUUCAUUGAAGAGAGCUCGCCAAGCGCUUUUGGAGCGGUCUGGGGUGUUCAUUGUGGAAGGCGACAUCAAUGACUCUGCUUUGUUGAGCAAGCUUUUCGAGGUUGUGGCGUUUACCCAUGUGAUGCAUUUGGCUGCUCAAGCUGGUGUGAGGUAUGCCAUGGAAAACCCUGGCUCAUAUGUGCAUAGUAAUAUAGCUGGUCUUGUUAAUCUUCUUGAAGUUUGUAAAAAUGCCAAUCCACAACCUGCUAUUGUUUGGGCUAGUUCUAGUUCUGUUUAUGGACUUAAUACUAAGGUACCCUUUUCUGAGAGAGACCGGACUGACCAGCCUGCUAGUCUGUAUGCUGCUACCAAGAAGGCUGGUGAAGAAAUUGCACACACUUAUAAUCAUAUCUAUGGCCUUUCCCUUACUGGGUUGAGAUUCUUUACGGUUUAUGGUCCCUGGGGAAGGCCUGACAUGGCCUAUUUCUUUUUCACGAGGGAUAUAUUGAAGGGGAAGACCAUUCCAAUCUUUGAGGCAGCUAAUCAUGGCACAGUUGCAAGGGAUUUUACCUACAUUGAUGAUAUUGUGAAGGGCUGCUUGGCGUCAUUGGAUACUGCUGAGAAGAGUACUGGGAGUGGGGGAAAGAAGAAGGGGCCUGCUCAAUUGCGGGUUUUCAAUUUGGGGAAUACAUCACCUGUUCCAGUUUCGGAUCUUGUGACCAUUUUGGAGAGGCUUUUGAAGGUGAAGGCCAAGAGAAAUAUAAUGAAGUUGCCUCGUAAUGGGGAUGUUCCGUUCACGCACGCAAACAUCAGUUCGGCUCAGAGGGAACUUGGGUAUAAGCCCACAACAGAUCUGCAGACAGGGUUGAAGAAAUUCGUUAGGUGGUACGUCAGCUACUAUUCUGGUGGGAAGAAGGCUUCUGGGUGAUAAAUUCUUUUGAUUGUGUGGUAGAUCCUUUGAAUUCUUGUUCAUUAUAAUUCUUAUGAUUGUUUUUAACAUUUCCGUCAUUGCCUUGGGUAUCGGUUUUCCAUAUCUUAAUGAUGUAAUGCCAUAUGAGGAGGAACCUUGUGACCUACAGUGAAGAAGUUUUGUGGUUGGGGGACAUUGUUUUCUGAGCACUCCCAUGCUGUAUUAAGAGAAUACGAGGACCAUCUCUUUUUUUUUCUUGGAAUGUAAUUGUUGGAGCUACGGCGUUGUAGAAUUAAUGACUGAUAGAGCAUAUGCUAAUUGGUGGACAUGUAUCAUUGCCAUGCAAUUCAAUAAAAUAGCACACGAUAGUUUGGUUCCUU